AUCAUGGAAGAGGUGUAAUUUAAUAUUGGUGGUGAGCUGCCACCGACAGUUCUGGUAAUUUGAUGAGCGGAGACUCGUUUCUAAUGGCUGCAACAGGCUGAUCAGGGGGUAUACCAUGGCUUGCAUCUGGUGAUCAACGAAAACAAAAAGACGGGCAGACGAUCACUUGACACUUGUUGCAUCCACACAUAGAGAAACUUGCAGGAACGAGUCUGCGCGUGGCACAAUAUCUUUUUAGUCUGACACGAGAGCGUCGCGAGCCACGAGAAUUUUGGCACGAGCUAAGGAGGGUGUAUUUGUUUUGGUGCAAGGAGGAUUAAACAUGCCGCGUAUAUUCAUGAUCACAAACAGAAGAUAUUUUUCAAAUUUUGUAGAAGAAAAAGAAGAACGAUAUUCCUCCUUGCAAGAUAGUACAGAUAGGAAGUCUGUUAUUGAUGACGGCGAUAGUGAUAGUGGGUGUUCUACACAGACUGAAACAAGAACAGAAAUAUCUCCAGAUCUUGACUAUGGCUGGGGCUGUCACUCUAACUUAUCUUUGCUCUACGAUCUCAUGAUACAGAGUCCUAGGAAGGCAGUAUGCAGAGAUGUUACCGAACAGGCCAUCGACUACUCAAUGGGGGGAGAGAACUCAAUGAGCCCACCCCCUCCUCCUAGCUUAGAAGUUACAAAUACCCAAUAUCUGGCUCGUAGAUCACUGAAUGACGUCCUUCUAAACUCCCCACACGAUGAGCAUAGUCCAGAUGAUGAACCACAUGAUUGUAUUGAUUGUGGUAAAAAUUACAGUACACCCAGUAACCUAGCUCGUCAUCGCCAGACACACCGUAGUACAAAUGAUAAGAAGGCCAGAAAAUGUCCACACUGUGAGAAGGUUUACGUCUCAAUGCCUGCUUACAGUAUGCACGUACGAACGCACAACCAAGGCUGUGAGUGUGCCUACUGUGGUAAGAAGUUCAGUCGACCAUGGCUGUUACAAGGACAUAUCCGCACACACACUGGGGAAAAACCCUUCUCCUGUCCAAAAUGCGGAAAGGCCUUUGCAGAUAAAUCAAACCUUCGAGCACACGUGCAGACACAUUCAACAGAAAAGCCUUACGUUUGUGGUCGUUGCGGUAAGGCCUUUGCGUUAAAGAGUUAUCUUUAUAAGCACGAGGAGUCCUCUUGUAUGAGAGGUCAAAGAUUUCGAAACUAAAGUUAUACAGCUUCCGGAAUGAAACGUUGAAGCAGCAACCAAAUUAAAGAUUUUGCGGACCAAGCAUUGUAUUCUCCUAACGGUGAACGAGGUUACCAGCUAGUAUAAGAAUAGAGACCAGAAGGUUACCCAUAGUGCUUAGUAAUGUUAGCCCUUUUAAAACAUUACCUUUCUUAAAUGCUUUCAAGAAUUCUCAUAUUCUAUUCCUUACGUUUGGAGAAUCAUUGCCACUCAUUAGUUUUAUAGCAUCAGUACAUCCAUCUAUCGUUGUGUUUGUUCCUCAUUUAGCCUGUCGAGUGCAGAAACCACCAUGAUUGACCUAUACUGCGCUUUGAUUGGCUUUCAUUGUUAUUUUGUGUGGACCAAUGGUCGUUUUUAACUUGUAUUACGUGGUGACACGUCAGUCUUGAAGACUGAGACGAUAACGAGAAUGACAGCAGCUAACAUUAGUAGACUUUGGCUGAGUUUCUACAACAUAGCAGGAAAUUUGCUUAUUAUUGAAUAUUUAUACUUUAAUUAUAUAUUUCGACUGUGCUAAAUCUAUUAGACAAGUAUUUUCCUGUCUUUAAUGUAUAUAAAUAACAAUCUAACUACCUAAAACUGGGCUUCAUAAAUCAUAAAUAUGAUUCGUAUAAUACACCAUUCGGCUGUUCGUCUUUCGAACAAGACCGAAUUCUCCAGCCUCUGAUAACUCCCGUUCACUAAUAUGUCGCGUACCAUAUGAAACUGUUUCACAAUUUUUGUAAUGCGAAAGGCUUCUUUUACGACUGUGCAAAAUGACCUUAAAUUCGCGUGCAGUAUAGUUCUACGUAAGGCGUCAUAUUCUAAUGCUUACCAACAACUCAAUAACACACGUAGUAAUACAAACUGGUCCGGGCAGAGUUUGUGCCCGUUACUCGUUAAACGACUCCUCGUACUUUUAUAUUCCCACUUAUAUUAAAUAAGAAACAUUUUUUAUUAGGAUAUAUUUCAAAUACCUUUAUUUAUUGUUUUCUUAAUAAUUUAAAAACAAAUGCUUUAGAAUUUAAUUUGCAGAUGAAAAAAAAAGUUGAUAUCGAGGGCUAAUUAACUCGUCAUGAUGUCAUCCCUAUGGAGUGUUAUUAGCGGCCAAGUCAGUAUUUACGGUGGACCAGUUUGGUACCAUAUCAGUGAGCGGAAGCUAUUUUCAAACUAAUAUAAAGAAACUUGUUAAGCUCUUUCCAAUGUGUCAAAGCAUUUUAUAUAAAAGUAUUUUCCUUAGCUCAUUCUUCCGUCCAUAAAUUAUCAUUAUGUCCACGAGACUUUAAACUCCCCCAAAAGUGUGCAUGGUCAGUAAUAUAGAAAACUGUUUGUUAACGCAUUAGUUAAAUGACACUGUUAAAUCCAUAUUUUUACUGGUAGUUAUCAAGUCAAUUUAAUUUAGGGGAUUAACAAUAGUUAAUGUUUCACGAGUGUAUGUAUAAAACCAUAGCUUCACCUAUCGUGCCUUUUUAUAAUCCUGUGCAUUCCUAUAUUUAUGUCUUAAAUUUUGCGUAAGCGGUGUCAAAUGAAUGAGUCAAACUCUUGUUUUUCCUUUUAUUUUGCUUAUUGAUAUUUAUUUUUGAUACUAUAAUAAUCAUCUAUCAUUGACUAUGUAUGAUGUUUUAGUCUAUGAUUUGGUAUCAGUGUGUUUGAAGUGUCUAUAUAUACACCCUCAAAUGUACUCUCUUUUUUCGCGUAACAUUAUUUGGUUAUUUAUUUAUUGUAUUUCGUGUGUAAUAUACCGUUACAUAAUUCUUAGUUGUCUGUUUAUAAAUUGUAAUAUAAUUAUGUUUAAAAUGUUUUUACUUGGUCUAAGGUCUAUGAAUUAUUGUCUCAAUUGGUGAAACGUAAAUCUUUAAGGAUAUGUAUUUAUUUAAUACAAAUUAUAAAAUAAAAAUUGUUAAUAAUCAUAAAUAUAAAAAAGAAAUUAAC